GCGGCGGCGGCUCGGGGGGCUCGGCCCGUGGGGCCCCAGGAGCAGCUAACCAUGGAGCCCCAGAAAAUCACACCAUCCUCAAAGCCUCAUCCACCUGUUGUGGGCAAAGUGACUCAUCACAGCAUUGAAUUAUACUGGGAUCUGGAGAAGAAAGUCAAGCGGCAGGGACCCCAGGAGCAGUGGUUCAGGUUUUCUAUUGAAGAAGAAGACCCCAAAAUGCACACUUAUGGUAUCAUUUAUACGGGAUACGCGACUAAGCAUGUUGUGGAAGGUCUGGACCCACGGACCCUGUACAGGUUUCGACUGAAGGUCACUAGCCCCUCCGGAGAGCAUGAGUACAGCCCGGUGGUCUCGGUAUCUACGACCAGAGAACCCAUAAGUAGUGAACACUUGCAUAGAGCUGUCAACGUGAACGAUGAAGAUUUGCUGCUUCGAAUACUACAAGGAGGCAACGUGAAGGUUGAUGUUCCCAAUAAGUUUGGCUUUACCGCUCUGAUGGUCGCUGCCCAGAGAGGAUACAGCAGGCUUGUGAAAAUCCUCGUUUCUAACGGCACAGAUGUGAAUCUGCAGAAUGGAAGUGGCAAGAACAGUCUAAUGCUUGCAUGCUACGCAGGACACCUAGAUGUUGUGAAAUACCUCCGAAGACACGGUGCUUCUUGGGACACUAGAGACCUAGGAGGCUGUACAGCUCUGCACUGGGCUGCAGAUGGAGGCCACUGCAAUGUGAUUGAGUGGAUGAUAAAGGACGGCUGUGAGGUGGACACCAUGGACGCUGGCUCGGGGUGGACCCCGCUCAUGAGAGUCUCUGCGGUCUCGGGGAACCAGAAGGUCGCCUCUCUGCUGAUUGACGCAGGCGCGGAUGUGAACAUGAAAGACAAAGACGGGAAGACCCCUCUCAUGGUGGCCGUGUUGAAUAACCAUGAAGAAUUAGUCCAGUUACUUCUCGACAAAGGGGCAGACGCAAGUGUGAAAAAUGAGUUUGGCAAAGGUGUCCUAGAAAUGGCCAGAGUUUUUGACAGAAAGAAUGUCGUCUCCUUAUUAGAAGAAAUGAAAAAAAAGCAAAUGCCGAAGAAGUCAUCUGUUCGCUGACCGCGGGGCACCUCUUACCUCCCUCCGAAAGCCAAGUGAAACGAAGCAAAACGGGACUUGAACUAGAGAGAUGAAAUUCUGCAUCUUUGAGGGCUAUACAUUUGAUUAAUUAUUUAGUGAAGAUUCACAGUACUUUUGUAACAUACAACUGUUCUCAGUUUGAAAUACAUCCUUUUACCUAA